AAGCACCGAUUCGCCUCCAUCAUUCAGCAGAUCAAGGACUUCUCGUAAUGAUCGAAGAUCUGUGAAGCUUCCUUCCAUACCCGCCAUACCAGAAGGAAUUUAUUUUCGAUUCGAUGCCAACGGAGGGGUCGAGGUAGACAAGGAUAUGGUGAUGCCGUCGACCAUUGGGAAUUAGUUGAUUGAUCUAGGGGUCGUGUCAGGAAAAUCGUGCGUCGAGACCACCAGUAGUCGGACACGGUUUGACCUUUUAAUACGAUUGCAGCAACUAGUCUGCGUAGCAGUAGAAAAGAGUCCAUCUCUCCUUGGCAUGUAUUCUCUUGUUCUAGAAAUAUUCCGGAAGCAUGCUAGGUCAAGGUUGACCGGGACAUGCCUUGAUGCGGAAGAGGGCCGAGAUCGUCAGGAUCGUGAGCACGGUGCACGCGAGUCAUCCGGAGGGGAGAAGGGCCAGCGUAAGGCGGAACAUGCUCUCCUCGCGAGCGAUGGUAGCGGCGGAGGAGGAGCGCCGGGCCGCGGCAACAGCGGCCGCCGCAAGGGUCGCGGCGGCGGCGGCGGCGGCAACCAGAAGGGGAGAGGGGGUGGCGCGAAGGCUGGUGGCGGCGGCGGAGGCGGCGGAGGCGGCGACGACGAUGCCGGUAGCAUGCGCGGUCGCUGUUUCCGGUGCGGCAAGAAGGGCCACCAGGUGGCCGACUGCACCCAGAGCAAGCCCGUGCGAUGUGAGACAUGCAAGGGCUACGGGCACGACAAGAGCAAGGGCCUGACUGAAGAGGCGGUGCUCGUGGUGGAAGUGCCGGCGGGGGGGGGUGUCUGCGGACGCCACAGCACUGGACGUGGUAGAAGAGGCGCUGGUGGUCAGUGACAUCUCAGGCGAGUGUCACAGAGUCCGUGGUCGAGGGGGUGUAGAGCAGGCUAGGCGGGGCAGGUAUGUCGCCGAUACCGGCGCUACCACUCACAUGUUCGCGAACUCAGAUGGGUUCGUUCGUUACGAAGAGUGUGAUCGACGUGUGUGCGUCACCGCCGGAGAAACCUUCCCUAUCGUAGGGUAUGGCAACGUGACGGUCACCCUUUGCUCGCGCAACGGUACAACCGACCUGUUGUUGAAACGGUUGCACACGUUCCCCGACUAGAUUACGACCUAGUAUCUCUCACUUCCCUCUUCGGCGACGGGUUCGAAACCAAAGCCCUCAAUAAACACGAGUUAGAGUUGGAGAGACGGGGGGGGAGUUGGUGAACUUCCCUCGAUGCGGUGACCUGUACGUUCAAAACGGUUUCCGCAAAUACUCCGAACAAGCCUAUGCCGUAAUUGCUCCUGGUAGCACGAAAGCGCCCAACACCCCCGUUAACAUCAAUGACUUCCACUGCGCGCACGGCCACUCCCACGAGGUGCUACUGAGGACCACGGCGAAGCAGCAGGGGAAGCCGCUGGUGGAUGAGCUCCGGGAGUGCCUGGGGUGCUCGACGGCAAAGGGACUUUCCAAGCCCAUCCCCAACGAGACGUCGAGCCGAGCAGUUGAGAAAUUGCAGCGAAUUUUCGUGGAUUUGAGUGGAAAAGCUAGGGUGCAGAGCUUGGGGGGAAAGUAUUUACACUCUCAUUGUCAAGGAUGAUUACACAAGGUGGAAGGAACCGCGUCUAUUUUCCGAAGCACAAGCCAGACGCCGCUGAGGCAUUCGAGAGGUACCUUGCCGAAAACCGGGCAGACGGUGCCCCGUCCGAUGUCAUGGUCGUGAGAUCUGACAACGGAGGAGAGGUUUUUGAGGGAGAGUUCGGCAAGGUGUGCCGGAAGUACUCCAUCAAACAGGAGUUCACCCCCGCAUACAGCCCAGAACAGAACGGUCAAGCUGAGAGAGCACGAGGUCUGAUCAAGGAUGCAGCACUAGCCACUCGUAUCCAAGCGCCAACUCUUAACCCCGGAGCACCGAAUUACCCCUCCCUUUGAGCCGGGGCCAUAGCUUGGGCAUGCAACGCCCUGAACUGCACCUCCACCACAUCCAACCCAGAGAAGAAAUCGCCGUACCAGAUGUGGCACGGGCACCCUCUCCCGCCGGGGACGACGUACCCGUUCCUCAAACCUGCCGUGUACAAGGUCAAGCGCACAAACAAGUCCGAGCCGAAAGCCCAAAAGUGUCUUUACCUCGGCCCGGGAGUACACACCAACCGUGAUUGCGUGCGCAUCCUGGACGAAAAACGCCAAGUGAUUACAACUCGCAACUGCACCUGGCAAUCCCUACCCACCACCCCCACCGCCCUGCCCC